AUGGUUUUCAUGGAUGGAUCCAUCCCGCAGCUCCAGCUGCGCCUGAGGCCCCUACUCAACUCGGAGCUCGACCUCUCCAGCCCAGAUCUCUUCCAAAAGCCACCUGGAGUCCCUAGGAAACGGGGACCUCCCUGUCUCCCGCACGGCGUCGGGCUGGUCUCCACAAUGUGCGGGAAGCCCAGGGGCGUAGGGAUGAUCACUGGUGGCCAGGAGGCCGUGGAGGGCCAGUGGCCAUGGCUGGCCAGCCUGCAGUACCGGGGCAGUCAUCCCUGUGGAGCUGUGCUCAUUGAUUCCCACUGGGUGUUCUCUACCACCCACUGCUUUCCAAAGAAGUCUCAUGCCCCUGCGGAUUACUGGGUGUUUGGGGGAAGUACGCAGCUCUACCAGGACACCCAAUACGCCAGGAGGGUGACUGUGAGCUGCAUUAUCAUCCAUCCAGACUUUAAGAAGCUCCACCAUUUUGCAACGGUGUUACAACUGCACCAACCUGUGAACUUCAGCUCCUAUAUCAUUCCUGUCUGCCUUCCAACCCCUGGCAUGGAGCUGCCCCUUGGCACAUCUUGUUGGAUAACUGGCUGGGGAACGCUCACCGAGAACAGGUCUAUAGUGGCUUCAGACACCCAGUGCCUCUCACAGGCUCAGUCUCUCGGCCCUUAUUCAUUAACCAUCACUUCUGAUGCUGAGUUAGUACAAGGUCCUCGGCCAGUGGCCAAGUUUAACUGCAUGAUUGAUAGAUUUCCAACUGGUGAUUCUGGAGGCCUUCGGGUCUUUGACUUCUCCAAGAGUUGGGUUCUUCUGGGGUUGGCCAGUUGGGGCCUGGACUGCCAGCGUCCCAUAUCCCUCAGUGUCUUCACCAGUGUUGCCCAUUUCAUCAAGUGGAUCGUCCAGAUCCAGAGACUUGUGCCUCUUCCUGUUUCCUUGUCUGCUCCUCCUGAGGUCCCAUUUCUAUAUGAAUCCUAG